UGGUAUUUUAAGAGGCAACUAACUACGGUCUCACUUCCAAACAAUCUAUCCAAAGUUGUGCAGAAAAAAAGUAAGGGAAAACCCCCAAUUAAAUACGAAAUAGCCAUGAACCGCUACGCGGUUAGCUCGUUAGUGGGCCAGGGAUCCUUCGGGUGCGUCUACAAGGCCACGCGCAAGGACGACAGCAAGGUUGUGGCCAUCAAAGUGAUCUCUAAGCGCGGCAGAGCCACCAAGGAGCUAAAGAACCUUCGGAGAGAGUGCGACAUUCAGGCUCGGCUGAAGCACCCUCACGUCAUCGAGAUGAUCGAGUCCUUCGAGUCGAAGACGGACCUUUUCGUGGUAACUGAGUUUGCUUUGAUGGACCUGCAUCGCUACCUUUCAUACAAUGGAGCCAUGGGCGAGGAGCCGGCUCGCCGGGUGACCGGCCAUCUGGUGUCCGCCCUGUACUACUUGCACUCCAACCGGAUCCUGCAUCGAGAUCUCAAGCCCCAGAACGUCCUGUUAGACAAGAACAUGCACGCCAAGCUCUGCGAUUUUGGCCUGGCCCGCAACAUGACCCUGGGCACCCAUGUGCUCACCUCCAUCAAGGGAACACCGCUGUACAUGGCACCCGAGUUGCUGGCGGAGCAGCCAUACGAUCACCAUGCCGACAUGUGGUCCUUGGGCUGCAUUGCCUACGAGAGCAUGGCCGGGCAGCCACCGUUCUGCGCCAGCUCCAUUCUGCACCUGGUCAAGAUGAUCAAGCACGAGGACGUCAAAUGGCCGAGCACGCUGACCAGCGACUGUCGCUCCUUCCUGCAGGGACUGCUCGAGAAGGAUCCCGGCAUGCGCAUAUCCUGGACGCAGCUGCUGUGCCAUCCCUUCAUCGAGGGCCGCAUUUUCAUUGCCGAAACGCAGGCCGAGGCGGCCAAGGAGUCGCCCUUCACCAAUCCCGCGGUCAAGGAUAAGGCGGAGGUGGUCAAGCCACCCUCCAAUCAAGAGACUGGUGAUCUGGACGAAGCCCUGGCAGCUUUGAACUUUGGAGAGGCGCGAGCGGAGAACUUGAGCACCUCUCGCGACAGCAUCAACGCCAUUGCCCCCAGCGACGUGGAGAAUCUUGAGACGGACGUGGAGGACAAUAUGCAACGCGUGGUCGUUCCGUUCGCGGACGUCUCCUUCAGAGAUCUGUCCGGUGUGCGGGCAUUGCCGAUGGUGCACCAGCCGGUGCUUAACUCGCACACCUGCUUCGUCAGCGGCAACUCGAACAUGAUCCUCAACCACAUGAACGACAACUUUGACUUUCAGGCCUCCUUGCGGGCCGUGGCGGGGCCAUCCAAGCCGAAAGUCGUGGCCGUCGUUAAACAGUCCCGGAGCAAGGAUCUCGAGAAGCGCAAGCUCAGCCAGAACCUGGACAACUUCUCGGUGCGCUUGGGCCAAAGCGUCGACAUGGAGGUGCAUCGCAAGACCACAGAAGUGCUUACCCAGGAAAAGCUGAACCAAGAAAAACUCAACCAGGACAGAAAGCCUCCAGCUCCAUCGAGUUCCCAAGCGAUUCCCCAACCACCGCAGCAACAGGCACAGCAACUGAAGCACUCAAUGCAUUCCACCAACGAGGAGAAGUUGAGCAGCGAUAACACACCGCCCUGCUUGCUUCCUGGCUGGGACAGCUGCGAUGAGUCGCAGAGUCCGCCCAUCGAGAACGACGAGUGGCUGGCCUUCUUGAACCGAUCCGUGCAGGAGCUGCUCGACGGCGAACUGGACUCGCUGAAGCAGCACAACCUGGUUAGCAUUAUUGUGGCGCCGCUGCGCAACUCCAAGGCCAUUCCCCGAGUGCUCAAAAGCGUUGCCCAGCUGCUGUCGCUGCCGUUCGUGAUUGUGGAUCCAGUGCUGCAAGCAGACCUGGAGCUGAUCCGCAACGUCUACGUGGACGUUAAGCUGGUGCCCAAUCUCAUGUACGCCUGCAAGCUGCUCCUGUCCCACAAGCAGCUCUCCGACUCUGCCGCCUCUGCUCCACUUACAGCGGGCUCGCUCAGCCGAACGCUGCGGAGCAUCCCGGAGCUAACAGUCGAGGAGCUGGAAACGGCCUGCCGGCUGUACGAGCUGGUCUGCCACCUGGUGCACCUGCAGCAGCAGUUCCUCACGCAGUUCUGCGAUGCCGUGGCCAUUCUGUCGGCCAGCGAUCUCUUCCUGAACUUCCUAACGCACGACUUCAGGCACUCGGACUCGGACUCCGCCCCCGUGCGCCUGGCUGGCUGCAUGCUGGCCCUGAUGGGCUGUGUGCUGCGGGAGCUGCCCGAAAACGCCGAGCUGGUGGAGCGGAUCGUCUUCAAUCCGCGCCUGAGCUUCGUAACGCUCCUGCAGAGUCGCCACCAUUUGUUGAGGCAACGCUCCUGUCAGCUGUUGCGACUGCUGGCCCGCUUUAGCCUGCGCGGCGUGCAGCGGAUUUGGAACGGCGAGCUGCGAUUCGCACUGCAGCAGCUCUCGGAACACCACUCCUACCCGGCGCUCCGCGGGGAGGCCGCCCAGACCCUCGACGAGAUCAGUCACUUCACGUUUUUCGUCACCUAGCCGAUACUUUCGUUUAUUGGCAUCAGGCGUCUCUAUCCGAGCAGAUCCUGAAUGUUGCCCUGGAAGUAGUCGAGCAGCUCGUCAAUGUAGUUCCCGAAGCGGUCGAAGUUGAGUAGGUAGUCCUCGCUGCAGUCCUGUUCGUACAUCUCGUUCAGCUUGGACACAUCCUUGUCGGAGAGGCCGCGUCUCUGGCCCAGCGAGGCGUACGGAUCCUGGCAGCGAAGGAGAGGCAUGAGCAGAUAGAAGGCAACUCAUCAAUAACCAUUUAAUCUCACGGGGAAUCUCACUUCUGUUUAAACAACUUCGAAUACCUCUUCAACCGAAACUGGUAGAGCUAAGUCACCUUUUCUCUUCUGCCUUACUAAAAACCAAUCUGUUUCUUUUAUCAAUACAUCCAACAAGAAAACAAGUGAAAGCCAUAUAAUCUAGAUAGCCUAAGCAUAUUUCUAGGUCGUGUAUCUCUGUACAAACGUUAUAGAACUACCUAACAGCCAAUGAUAAAAUCAUGAAUCAAUCAAAUCAUUUUGUUUUUAAAAUGCUUCUAUUGCUGUUGAAUUUAAUACUUGAUCAAGUAUGAAUAUUUUCCAUAGAUUAUCUAGGAAAUAACAAUUCUUCCGUCGAAAUACGUUAAUGUUAGAGUAUCCUUGUUGAAGUAAGUGUUAAAAGAUAAGUCGUCUGAGUGCGAAUUUACUGAAUGUCCAUGCAAUUUGACUAAUGUUGUGAAGUAUUAUUAUUAAAAGGGCAAACUGAAUAUUUCCUAUAAUGUAGAAGACUAGCAAUAAACGCUCAAUUAUGUGUAUAUUCUA